AGCUGGAGCCCCGCCCCGGCGCCAUCUCCGGGAGCCGCGGAUCCUGCGCAGGUCUCUGCUGUGGCCGCCUGAGCCUACAGGAUGUUUCACGGGAUCCCAGCCACUCCGGGCAUGGGAGCCCCUGGAAACAAGCCAGAGCUCUAUGAGGAAGUGAAGCUGUAUAAGAAUGCCCGGGAGAGGGAAAAGUAUGACAACAUGGCAGAGCUCUUUGCAGUGGUGAAGACCAUGCAGGCCCUGGAAAAGGCGUACAUCAAGGACUGCGUCACCCCCAAUGAGUACACUGCAGCCUGCUCCCGCCUCCUGGUUCAGUAUAAAGCCGCCUUCCGGCAGGUUCAGGGCUCAGAGAUCAGCUCCAUUGAUGAAUUCUGCCGCAAGUUCCGCCUGGACUGCCCAUUAGCCAUGGAGAGGAUCAAGGAGGACAGGCCCAUCACCAUCAAGGAUGACAAGGGCAACCUCAACCGCUGCAUAGCCGAUGUUGUCUCGCUCUUCAUCACGGUGAUGGACAAGCUGCGCCUGGAGAUUCGUGCCAUGGAUGAGAUCCAACCUGACCUUCGAGAGCUGAUGGAGACUAUGCACCGAAUGAGCCACCUGCCUCCUGACUUCGAGGGCCGCCAGACCGUCAGCCAGUGGCUGCAGACCCUGAGCGGCAUGUCUGCAUCUGAUGAGCUGGACGACUCCCAAGUACGCCAGAUGCUGUUUGACCUGGAGUCAGCCUACAAUGCCUUCAACCGCUUCCUACACGCCUGAGUCCCGUGGCCUCCCUGCCCCUGGUGCACGGAGCAGGGGGCGCUCAGCCCCGCCCGGGAGUGCCGCAGCUUCCAGGACAGUUUCUAUUUCCCUUGGACCCCUGGACUUUCCAUAGCAGCCCUAUCUGUCCACAGUGUCUCAACCUGGGAUCCCCCUCCCCACAAUAAAGGUGUUUUCUGAUCUUCCCGCUGCUGUGGGCAC